AUGUCGAUGGACCAUCGAACCCCCAGCGUGACGCACCGUCGCCAACUUUCACAGCAAAGCUAUCUGUCCUUCAUUCCUCGCCCGUCUUCACCCCUCACGUACCCCCCUCUUUCCCUCGAUUCACCCGCCCAUGUCCCGGUACCAUUCUCCCUAGAUAUCAUUCACGACUUCAGAGCGAGCUCUACCUCAUUUGAAUUCUAUGGGAAUGGAGCAGGGAAGGGGGAAGAGGAGGAAGAAUGCGAAGGAGAGUAUAGGGACGAGCACGAAGAGGGCAGUGUGCAGGAGGAAGAAGAGGCACCGUUUCAUGGCCUUGGGCAGAACCUGAGUACGACGUCGAUAGAGAGGACUAACAAAUCCCUCCCGCCCAUUCCCCAACCACGGGCGCUACGGCGCCGUAAAGCAAUCGAUACGCCUUACCGACCUCGACCGUUAACCUCAACACUGGCAAGUUCACGGCGACCUCCCUCGCCUUCGAUCUCCUCUCCAGAUUCCGCCAAUAACCGACUCUCCCGGCUGUGGCUACUGUCGAGACGGCGGGAGAGAAUAGAGUUGGAGACAAGGUGGGGUUUGGUCCAGCAUGGGGAUGAAGGGGAGGUGGAGUUUGUGGAUCUCGACGAUGAUUUCCCUAUUCAUGGAGAUGAAGGGAAUGUCGCGCAAUUAGAGGGAACUGUGGAUAUGGAAGACGAAGAAGAUGAGGACGAGCUGGAUUUCGACGCGCUGCGAAGAAGGGAGGGUGAACGAGAUCGACCGAGUUCCCCAGUGGCGUCUAUCCUCGACGACGAAGAUAGUGAUGAAGACGAGGAUGGAUUUGAAGAUGCACCAAGGGGAGGCGGGGCGAACGUUGAGGUGGGGAGAGGAUGGCUGAAUGGGGGUUGGAGGAGGGUGAAGGGGUUUACAGCGAAGGGAUGCCUGAUCAAGAGGACAGUAACAUCUUUGUCAAAUUCAAGCUCGAACUCGAGUUCGGAAUCGCAGUCGAAUGAAGCCAGAUCGAGAAGCCGUUCUGGUGAGCGGACUACUUUUCAAUCUCGCCUUUCUUGA